AUGUCUACCAGCGGGAAUGCAGACAAAAAAGUGAUUCAAGUCAGAAAAAGUCCAGUCAAUCUACUUCUAAAACUGAAGUCAAUCACGGAAGAAGCUGAGAAGCUCUCCAUCAACCUCAACGCCCUUCAAAAAUGUCUCAUGGAAUCAGUUGACGUUGAAGAAAAUGAUGACUUCGCCUGUUUCUCAAACCCGUAUCGCCAUCCAAACUAUCUCUGGUCAUUCGCUAUCCGUGUCUGGUAUCUUGCUGGAUUUGUUACACCUUCUGAAUCAGAGAACACAAUUCUGACUCAGGAGAUGAUUGAGCGUUUUUUGAAAGCAACUAUGGAAGUGUCCUUUGAGGCUUUUUCUGGACCUUAUGGACUGAGAGAUAUCCACUCGAAGAUUAUGAGAGAUCGAGAAUACGGAAAUAUGAAACUGUGCCAAAUCUUGAUCAUCGUCGAAAAGUUCACCAAGGUGAUGAUGGUGAAGAAGGAGAAGGAUCGGAUGACUUCAGCUACGGUGGCAACUCAAACUUCGGAUGAGGCAGAAAUCUCGGAUAAGAGCGAACUAUCGGAGUUCGUCGACUGCUUCCAAAAGCUCCCUAUCUCCACUUCCGAUAAAUGA